AUGACGACGCGGCCUCGUGUCCUCCAGCUCGGCAUUAUCGAGAAUGCCCACGCCACCUGGGCGGCCAUUGGCAGCACGGCCGAUAUCGUCGUGCCCCAGUCCACAGACAGGGCCUCCUUCCUCGCCGAGUGCCGCUCGGGCGCCUUCGACGGCUGCACAGUGGCCUUCCGCACCUUUGAGUCCGUGGACGUGACGGGCCGCGUCGACGCCGAGCUCGUGGCGGCGCUGCCCUUGUCGCUGCGUUUCAUCUGCCACAACGGCGCCGGCUACGACCAAAUCGACGUGCCCGCCUGCACGGCAAGAAACAUCCGCGUCUCCAACAUCCAGACCGCCGUCGACGACGCCACCGCCGAUUGUGCCAUGUUUCUCAUGCUGGGCGCCCUGCGCAACUUCAACCUCUCCAUCCGCAACAUGCGUCGCGGCGUGUGGCGCGGGGCCUGCCCGGAGGAGACCCCCCGCCAGGGCCAGGACCCCCAGGGCAAGGUGCUGGGCAUCCUGGGCAUGGGCGGCAUAGGCCAGAACAUGGCCAAGAAGGCCCUCGCCUUUGGCAUGAAGAUCCGCUACCACAACCGGAACAGGCUGCGGCCCGAACAGGAGAGGGAGUGUAAGGCUGAGUAUAGGGAUUUUGAGACGCUGCUUCGGGAGAGUGACGUCUUGAGCCUGAAUCUACCACUCAAUCAACAUACAAGACACAUCAUCUCGCGCGAUCAGUUCGCCCUGAUGAAGCAAGGCAUCAUCAUCGUCAACACAGCCCGCGGCGCCGUCAUGGACGAGGCCGCCCUCGUCGAGGCCCUCGACACGGGAAAAGUCGCCAGCGCCGGCCUUGACGUCUACGAGAACGAGCCCCUGGUCCAUCCGGGCCUGCUGGCCAACGAUAACGUCCUCCUGAUCCCGCACAUGGGCACGUCGACGGCGCAGACCAUGGCCAAGAUGGAGGAGUGGACCAUGGCCAACGUGAGAAAGGCCCUCGAGGAGGGGAAGCUGCUGAGCAUCGUCCCUGAGCAGAGGCAUAUGGAGUGA